AGCUACUGACGAGGCGAAGGAGGAAGUGAAAGCUGCCUUGGCGAAAAAAAGGAGCGAUGACGACGAGCGGAAGAAAGCAAGCCAGAGGACUGCAAAUGCGUUCGCGCAUACCCCUAUCGUCAACACGACCACGAACAUGCCCGAGAGUUGCGGUGGAGCGCGAAAGCGGCCGGCGACGCAGAGGACGCUCACGGAUACGCGUCCCAAGCCGGUGGAUGCUGCGAAUGCGCAGUUGGCCGUUGCUUCGUUCUUCCACGUUUGUCGCAUUCCGCCAAACGUGGCCGAACAUGAAGCCUUCAAGACGAUGCUGAAGAAGGUGGCAGCUGCGGGACCCGGUUUCUCCCCACCCGGACGUCGACUUAUCAUGGGUCGCCUGCUUGAGGAGUGCAAGUCGAAGACCGAAAACGCCCUCAAGGAUGUGAAGGAGUCGUGGAGCGAAAUUGGUGUGAGCAUCGCGUGCGACGGGUGGACGGAUGGCGAAGGCCGACCUCAGCUCAACAUCCUGGCGGUGAACUCCCGUGCAAGCGUCUUCCUGUUUGGCGUGGACUGCGGCACGAAUAAGAAAGGAGCCGACUACAUCGCCAAACAUUUGAAGACCGCGAUUGUGGAGGUCGGCACAGAGAACGUCGUUGGACUGCUGAUGGAUGGUGCGAGCGCGAACAUCAGCGCUGCCAGCAUCGUGGCGCAGGAGUAUCCUAAAGUGCAGUGGAUUCGUUGUGCCGCACACGUGCUCAGUCUCUUGAUGAAAGACAUUGGCGAGCUUAACUGGGCCAAACCCACCAUCGAGGAGGCGCAACAACUCAUAUCUACAUUGAAAAACGCACAGUGGAUCACGGGCCACUUUCGGGAGAAGGACUCGCUGAAAGUGUUGAAGCCUGCAAGCACUCGGUUCGGGACGAACUACAUCGCUCUUGAGCGGUUGAUUUUGGUGCGUCACACAUUGAAGAAGAUGGUGUCGACCAAGGGUUUCAAGGACUACAUGAAGGGGAGGCCUAAACUGAGGGUUGCACGGGGUACCAUUAAGCGCCCUGGAUUCUGGAAGGGCGUUGAACAGGUGGUAGUUGUGCUGAAGCCAAUCUACAUGAUGCUGAGGCAGGUCGACGGCAAUCAGGAGGUCAUGGGCAAAAUGUACGAGAUGAUGAUCGAUUUGGAGGAGCAAGUGGAGAAGGCGAGCGUGGGAUUGAAGGCAGACGAGCAGCAGGAGGUUGCAGAGAUCGUGCGCAACAGGUGGGAGAACGACAUCAACUGCCCUCUUUAUGUGGUUGGGCGCAUUCUUUAUCCGCCGAACCAGUACGAGAAGAUAUUCGGACCGGAUCGCGAGUGCACCAAGCCGUAAACGUACGUAAAAAAUCGUACACGUAAAC